AUGUUAAUCUACCGUUCACUUUUUCAGACAAGAAAACACCAUAAGGAGAAAUCUGGGAGGAAUAAUGAAGAUUCACAGCUUUCACAGAAGCUCACGGAGGCGUUCAGCUGGGAAAUGUACUUGCGAGAGACGUCGUCAUGUCCUGCUUCCCCCAGCUGUUUCAGACAGUCCAGAGUUCCUCCAGCUAAUGAUUUUGGAGUGGGGAUGAAGGUGGAGGCCUGUGACCCGAGGAAUGCCUCCUCCUGGUGUAUUGCCACAGUCAUGGGUUUGAUGGGUGUUCGUCUGCGGCUUCGGCUGGACGGCAGCGACAGCACCAAUGACUUCUGGAGGCUGGUGGACGCAGCUGACAUUCAGCCUAUCGGCACGUGUGAGAAGAGUGGAGACAUGCUGCAGCCACCACUGGGGUUCAGAAUGAAUGCUUCUUCAUGGCCCAUGUUCCUAUUAAAAACAUUAAGUGGUGCAGAAAUGGCUCCAUCUUCAGCCUUUAAAAAGGAGCCGCCCAGGCCGACUCAGAACUUUUUCAAAGCGGGAAUGAAACUGGAGGCGGUGGACAGAAAGAACCCGUACCUCAUCUGUCCUGCGACCAUCGGGGAGGUUAGAGGAGACAAAAUCUUCAUCAUGUUUGACGGUUGGAGAGGAGCAUUUGACUAUUGGUGUCAGUUUGACUCCAGGGACAUCUUUCCCGUGGGCUGGUGUCAACUGACCAAUCACAGCCUGCAGCCGCCCGGAAACUGCUGUGAGUACAGACUCUUACCAAUAGAGGGCGCUAAAAUUAUGUUUAUAUUCAGUGUGCAUGGAAAACCAAUGUACUGCAUAUAG